AUGGCCAAAGAAACCUUCAACGGGUGGGUCGGAAAGGACCUCUCUUCAGCCGACGGCAAUCUUGUUUGGGAGGCCUUUACUCCCAAAGCUUGGGAAGAGACCGAUGUUGAUAUUGAAGUUACCCAUUGCGGAAUGUGUGGAACUGAUCUUCAUACUUUGAAGGGUGGCUGGCAUGAACCUGAAUUUCCAUAUGUCGUCGGCCACGAAAUCGUCGGGCGAGCUGUUCGAGUCGGCAGCCAAGUCACUGGUAUCAAAGUUGGCGACCGAGUCGGCGUUGGUGCCCAAAGUGAUUCCUGCCUGGACUGCAAUCUUUGCAAGACUGACAAUGAGAGCUACUGUCCCAAUAACUUUGUUCAAACGUAUGAUAUGCGACAUAAGAAUGGAGACAGGUCAAUGGGUGGAUAUGCAGACCAUGCUCGUGUUCCUGGACACUUCGCCAUCAAUCUGACUCCAUAUCCUAAUGUUUCUUCGGAAAUCUUAGCUCCAAUGUUAUGUGGCGGUGUCACAAUGUUUUCCCCACUAAAGAGAUAUGGUGCGGGACCUGGAAAGAAAGUCGGAAUCAUUGGAUUUGGUGGGCUAGGUCACUUUGGAGUUAUGUUCGCAAAAGCAUUGGGAGCCGAGGCUGUGGUCAUUUCCCGUAGUCGAUCAAAGGAGGAUGAUGCCUUCAAACUCGGUGCUACCAAAUUCAUCGCUACCAAAGACGAACCCGACUGGGCCACUAAAUACGAGAAAACACUCGAUCUUAUUCUCAACACGGUCGACUCGACCGAUAUGCCACUUCAAGAGUAUCUCGGCCUUCUCGCGCCUAUGGGAACUCUCGUGCAGCUCGGAGCACCAGACGGCAACCUCCCAGGAUUUAACGUAUUUUCACUGUUGAUGACCAACAGGAAUCUCACCGGGACAUGCAUCGGUUCUCGCAAGGAGAUCAGGGAAAUGUUACAGCUUGUCAACGACCAAGGACUCAAGACUUGGGCCAAUCCUUUCCCCAUGUCGCAGGUUAAUGAGGCCAUCAAAGCUUUCAACCGUUCUGAAGCGCGAUAUAGGAUUGUCCUAGUCAACGAGAAGCACUUGCAACAGGAUAACUGA